GCCGACGUCAAAGAGUACGAGUACUAAAUUUGUGCGAAUCAAACAGCGAAAUAAACAAUGAAUACAGGCAGUAAACGAAUGGCGGAAUACGCCGCUACGGAACGGUCCAGGAGUGUGAGCCCCGUAGCGGAUGUAGAACGCGGUCCGAACCGGCAAAGCGCGGCUCGGCGGGCCCUUUUAUUAGAAAGGCUUAGGGCCACCCCGGUACGCGACCUAGAUUCCCCACCACCACGUUCCGACGUGGUUGAGCGUGUGGAGGCAUUGGACAUGUCAGAGGACGAGGCAGCGGAGCUGCUGCAGUCGGAUCCCUGGCAUGUGAAGAGGUGGAUGCGGGAUCUGCCGGGGGCCAGCGAGCUGCCGAGGGCCAGCAACACGGUUGUUCUUGCUCCUCUCGCGCCUAGCGCCAGAUCUGAGGUGCCUGUCGCUGCCGAACUUGACGUUCGUCCAUCAACUUCGACGGUGACAGCACUUUCACAGACGGUGCCUAGGCGUGAUGGCAGUGACUUGGACAGCGAAUUCGAUGACGAAUUCGAUGUCCCGGUCAUGCCAAUUGUCAGGGAUCUUCCUGACACCGAGGAGUUAGACGAAUCGUUACAAGAUUUGGUAAACGAGAUCGAUACGGGGAUGGAUGACGCUGCCGAUUGUCUGUUGGGUACGUCGGCUACUUUCAUGUGGUCACCGGACUUUGAUUCGUUUAGGGGUGUUCGUGGGGAGUUUUCAGGUCCUACCCCUGGGCCAAUCAAAGACUACGAGACGCCUUAUGAUGCCUUCACCGAUAUAUGGGAUGAGGAUAUCGUAAGGUUGAUCGCCACGGAAACUAACCGAUAUGCCCAUCAGACAAUCGAGACCAUGCGUAAUGCAGGGACUUUGAAACCAUCAUCCCGCCUUCAUUCGUGGACUGACACUAAUGCAGACGAAAUAAUGGUUUUUUUCGCGAUGUUGAUGUAUAUGGCUAUCGACCCGCGUACGUCGGUAACUGAAUAUUGGACAUCAGACGAAGUUCUCCAAUUACCGGGGUUCAAAAGUCUUAUGUCCUUUAAUCGGUAUACUCUGUUGAAUAAGUGUCUUCACUUUGUAGACAAUGUCGCUGUCCAGAGUCAGCAGUUGUCUCAAUCUGGAGUAUCUUGUUCAGCAGGGGUGUCACGUAGGCUGGGUAAGUUGGCACCUAUUAUUGAACAUCUCGGAAAAAAGUUCAAAGCCUUGUACAACCUAGGAGCUGACAUCAGCAUCGACGAGUCUUUGACCUUAUUCAAGGGUCGCUUGUCCUGGGCCCAAACAAUAAGGUCAAAGGCUGCGCGAUUUGGAAUCAAGUCAUAUGAGCUAUGUGAGUCCCGCACUGGCUAUAUGGCUAGGUUCCAAAUCUACACGGGCAAGGAUGACAGUUCCGACGGUGAUCUAUCACUUGGCGUUGAUUUGGGGGAGAAGAGCACGAAAGUGGUUCUUGAACUAUUGCAAGGUCUUGAACAUCGGGGGCAUUGUGUGGUGAUGGAUAAUUAUUAUAAUUGUCCAUCAUUAGCACGAUACCUCAAGAGUUUAGGCUUUGAUUGUUUAGGAACCCUUCGUGUAAACCGUCGACACGUCCCUAGUGACUUCAAGGUGUCGGACAAAGUGAAGAAGGGGACAAUUAUAUCUCGCCAUUCUGGAGACGUAUCCAUCAUUGCAUGGAUGGACUCCAAGAUGGUGAAUAUAAUAUCCACCUAUCACAGACCCGAUACCUAUAAUGGAACUAGGGCUGGUAAACCGAUGGAGAAACCGGUAUGUAUAAAAGAUUACAACAAAUCCAUGGGGGGUGUUGAUCUCAAAGAUCAAAAACUCUCCAUGUAUCUGUUGGAGCGAAAGAGAGGCGUGAAAUGGUACGUGAAAAUGUUUAAAAGGCUACUGAAUGUGAGUAUACAUAAUGCGCUUGUAAUGUACCAAAGUUCUCUGGAACGUGCAACUGAUAAAUUGCCCGUGACGCAUCGUGAGUUCCGCUAUGCGCUUGCUGAAUCCCUACUUAAACGGCAUCGCUCCUGUUCAAUAGGGAUCAGUCAGGCACCAGUGGAAAACGUGAGGCUGAGGCGAGAUAUCAUGCACGAGCCAGAACACUUGAUAGGACGUCAGAAUACAAGGAGAUGUAUGAUUUGUCAACGGCAGAAGAAAUCCAAAGCCGUUCACUCAAGGUGCGUCACGUGUGACGUAUAUCUAUGUUUUGGAGACUGUUGGAGAAUUUGGCAUUCUGCAAAAGAGCUCCCAGGCGUAGAUAUACGUGGGCGAAAACGGAAGCGCAAAGAGUGAACGUUUUUGGGGUGUGGAUGUGGAUUACGACUGUGUUUGAAUGUGAUCGUGGUCCGGGGCUCUCGCAUGAGGGUCACGUUUUGACGGGACGCCUAACCGUUUAUGUAUCUCGUUUACUACUUCUUUCGUUGCUGUUAUCGAGGGCGUUACAGCUAUCGGGGACGAAACGGUAGCGUGGUAGCGCCUUUUGUUGUCUGCAUUGAUAUAGUUAUCGGCACGGAUAUUGAGCUCUCGGCGGAAGAGUGGGGAUCGCUUUGCGCACUGUACACAUAAGGCAAUAAACCAAUAAAUCGUUUCUGCACAGGUGAAGGUCAGGGCUCAAUAUCCUUGCCGAUAACUAUAUCUGACUGAUAUCAGUCUGGGUUUGUGCAUUGUGGAUAAUAUCUUACGGGACAAAUCUGAUUUUGUAAAUAAAACCCACGAUAUGUAAGGCACAAACCUUUUUUUUUAAACAUUUGUAUGCUUAAGUUCGGCUGAAAUCAGGACAAACCCUUCAGUAUAUUAGGUGUUACAAUAAAGUGUACCUAUCUGGGUACGGUACAAACCUUUUUUUAAACAUUUGUAAAUGCUAAAGUUGCAGGACAAUCUCGUCAGUAACAAUAAAGUAUACCUAUCUUAUUUUUUCACAACAUAAUUAAUUAUGUUCUUAUUCAUAUGUACGAAAACAUUUGUAAAUGUUGCUUAAGCCUGAGUAAAAUCUAGACAAACUUUUCACUAUAAUAGCUGUUACAAUAAAGUCUACCUAUCUUAUGGUUUUUUUGUGUACAAAAAUGUAUGUUUUAUUAUUAAAUAAUUAUAUACAUUCUUUGAAAAGAAAA